UCUAUUACUUCCAAAUCUAAUCCAGACAACAAGCAUUUGAUGCUUCCCAACUCGGCUUACUGAAAAGUUAUUCCAAAGUUUCACUAACUCAUUUCUCAAAUUUGCAUUGUACGAUCAAAGCUAGGGUUCUUUUGCUGAUAUCAAAUGAUCACUUCUUCUUGAAUUUCCCCCAAAUUUGUUGUUUUAAGCUCGUGAUUCAGCUAGAGACAGAGAGUAAUGGAAGUGGAACAAUCAAAUCAAUCAUUGACCUUCCACGAGCCUUCCAUGGAACAGAGCAUUAGCUUCGUUACAGCCCUUCAGGAACUAAAAAAUCUAAGGCCUCAACUUUAUUCAGCAGCUGAUUAUUGUGAAAAGUCUUAUCUUCAUAGCGAACAAAAACAAGUGGUUCUUGAUAACUUAAAAGAUUAUGCAGUACGGGCACUUGUCAAUGCUGUUGACCAUCUUGGCACUGUUGCUUACAAAUUGACCGAUCUUUUAGACCAACAAAGUUUAGAAAUUUCAACAACUGGAUUACAUGUUUCAUGUUUACAUCAGCAACUUCUUACAUGCCAAACGUAUACGGACAAAGAAGCACUCAGACAGCAACAGUUGCUAGCUGCUGUGCCACGUCAUCACAAGCAUUACAGUUUGCCUAAAUCUGUCAGCAAAAAAGUCCAUUUUAGCCCUCAGACUAAAACUGAUGGAAAUCAGAGUCAUUUUCAUUCAAGGCCUCGACAAUUUUCUUCAGGCACCCCGCCUGCAAAUACACUUUGUUGGCAUUUAGCAUCAGAAACCAAGUCUACAUUGAAAGCCAGUUCACGCUCAAUGAGUUUUGAUGAGCCGAAAACUUCUGGCCAUGCUCCUGUGUCACAUCAUCAUCAUGCAUCCCAUGGAGGUGAUGGGGUACGGACAAAAUCGUCUGAAGCGACGCGGAAUGCGGGCCCAGCUUCAAGCGCCGCGAUUCAGACGCUUGGCAUCUCACGACUGGAUGAGUUGGAGGGUCCAAAUCCAAACCCAAUGAUGUCAUUCCGGUCAUUUGAUAAUCCUAAACGUGAGGUUGCCCAUGUUCCUCCUCAUCCUAUACGCAGCAAGAGUGUUUUGUCCUCUUUUUUUGUCAAACAAAAGACACCCAAACUAAGGACAAGUGCCGUUUCUUGAAUCAUUUGCAAUUGCAACAAGGAAACCCCUUAUAUUUCAAUUUCAUGACUUCACUUAUGUGCUCAUGAAACUGCGAAUAACAAGUGUAUAUUUAUAUUUCCUUUGCUUGUACCUGCAUUUUGUUUGUUUGUGUAUGCCUG